GAUUUCUUUCAGGAAAGAGCCCCAGAGGAGGAGAAGGGAAGAAUCAUGAAGUGAUGUGCGGCGGAUCUCGCCUCAGAUGAAAGUGACCCUGGACUGGGGAGGGGCUCGUCAUGUGAGGGGAAGCAACUGAAGAAAAAGAUGGAAUGAGAAGAAAAUGUAGCAGCAGCAGCAGCACAGGCAGCUUCCAUUCUCCUAUUGAUGAGCGGAAGCAUCGGACGAGGCGCCCGAGUGACGAUUUCGCCGGAUGGACCCGAGCAGCUGGCAUCCUGGCCUUCGGGAUUCUGCCGAGCGGCAUCCGACAUGCACUUCUACCAUGAGGGGGGCCUCACGUGGGCCAACAUGUUGGGUCAGAGCGUGCGUCUCCAGCCCGCGGCCAUCCAGAACCUGUCGGAAGUGGAGCGAGCCAGACUGCAGCGAGUGGCCCUGUUCCACCUGGACCAGAGGGAGCUCCACUUCAAGAUCAGCAUUCCCAGAGAAAUACGCAAACGCCGAAAAUCACUGCGCAGGAAGUUUGACUCGUUUUCCAAGGAAAAAAAAGAGCGUGAAUCUGCCCCCAAGGCAUUCGGCAUCCCGCUGUCGCAGGUCAUCGCCAACGACCGGGCCUUCAAGCGGCGUCAGGAUGCCAUGAAGGAGAGUCGACGUGACUGCUUGGAGCUGGAGGCCAGCGUCUUGCGCUUCAGGGCCGAGAAGCGCCAACUGCUCUCGGGGAACGUGCCCGCAAAAUCGGUUGCGCCGGCGCCGCCGCACUGCAUUUUGGACUUCGUUGGGCGAGGACAGAGACGGGGUGGCCUCUCCGUGGACUCCAUCUCCGACCUGGUGGAGAGUCAGUCCCGCUUGCUGGAGGCGCUGCAGCUAUCCCAUCCGGCGGAGCUAGAGCCAAAGAAGAGUGGCAGCGGCGGCUCAUCCGAGUGCAGGAGCCAAAGCAAGCUGAGCCUCAACCCGGUCUACCCCCAGGUGCCUCGAGUACUGGAGCGCUGUUGCGGCCACAUCGAGUCCCACGGUCUUCAGACCGUGGGCAUUUUCCGAGUCGGGAGCUCCAAGAAGAGGGUGCGCCAGCUGAGAGAAGACUUUGACGCAGGCGUGGACAUUCAGCUGGACGAGGAGCACAGCGUGCACGACGUGGCUGCCUUGCUCAAAGAGUUUCUGAGGGACAUGCCGGACCCUCUUCUCACCAGAGAGCUGUACCCCGCCUUCCUGCACGCUAACCUCCUCAGAGGAGCGGAGCAACUCCACUACCUGCAGCAUCUGCUCUACCUGCUGCCUCCCUGCAACUGCGACACGCUGCUGCGCCUCCUCACUUUCCUGCACACCGUGCACAGCUUCGCCCAGGACAGCGUCGGCACCAACGAUGAGGAGAUCCCCGGUAACAAGAUGACGGCCGCCAAUUUGGCGGUCAUCUUUGGGCCGAACCUGCUUCAAAGGGAACGAGGAGGAGACGCCGGUCCGCAGGCCGUUGGCAUCGAGGACAGCACGGCCAUCAUCAACGUCACGCUGGUGCUUAUGGAGAACUACAGGAAACUUUUCAUGGUGUCGGCCGAACUCCAACAAGAAGUCCUGGUGAGCCUGAUCCAGACUGACCCCGACAUCAUCGACUAUCUGCUCCGUCGCAAACUCAGCAACGCGACGGAGGAAAACGACGUCGGCUCGGGCGGUCGCCGGGACACAGGAACGUCUCUGGACUCAGUCGGCGCCUCAAGUGGGAGUCUGUCCCCGAUGGAACCCCGCUCGUCUCUGGAGGGCGGCCUGAGUAGCGAGGUCUUCCUCAGUGUGCUCAAGAUGAACCAGAGCAGGAAGCAGCACGACAACCGAUACGGAGAAAUACGGCCCGGUAAAUCCAUCCGCCACAUGCGACAGUUCCACUCCCACCACAACCUGCUCAGUCUGGCCCAGCCCACCUUGUGCCGCGUGUCCUCCCCCUCCAGUCGACAGUCGACGGACGCCGGCAACGUUUGGGUGAAGCAGGCGCCCCCCGAGGAAGGCAAGAGCAGCUUCUGGGAUUUCUUCACAGGGAAAGGUUCGAGCUCUGAGACCUUGGUGUGAUAUGGUGCUGGUCGGGGGCUUUGUUCUUUUCAUAAACAGCUCUGUGUGCGCCGUGGGUAUGACACAAAGAAUUUUAAUAGAAUUUUAGAGCUGUAUGAACUAAUACUAUUUUGUUGAAUUUAUCUGUGAAAUUCAAUAAAAUGCCCGCUGUAAAUAUGA